UCAUUCAUGAGCAAACGGGGAUCCUACGCUGCCGUUUGAUUUCACACACACGCUCAAUAUUACUUUGGACAAUGCUGCGGGUCAGGUGUCUGAGAGGAGGUAGCAGAGGGGCCGAGGCUGCCCAUCUGAUCGGAGCCAUGCUUGGCCGGUCAGUGACUGGAUGGGUGCAGAGGGCCUUCCAGAGCACUUCCAGUGCAGCAGCUGCACAGCCCCAGCAUGUAGCUGAAGACCUUACUGAGCCUGCACUGCAGGAAUGUCCUGUCUGCAGCUACAAUGAAUGGGACCCUCUUGAGGAGGUGAUCGUGGGUCGUGCCGAAAACGCCCGUGUGCCUCCCUUCACUGUGGAAGUGAAAGCUAACACAUAUGAGAAGUAUUGGCCCUUCUACCAGAAGUAUGGGGGGCGGUCUUUUCCUGCGGACCACUUGAAAAAAGCUGUUGCUGAGAUUGAGGAAAUGUGCAAUAUUCUGCGUCAUGAAGGCGUCACUGUAAGGAGGCCAGAGCCCAUUGAUUGGUCCCUGGAGUACAAAACUCCAGACUUCACAUCAUCAGGCAUGUACGCUGCCAUGCCCAGAGACAUCCUUAUGGUUGUGGGAAAUGAGAUUAUCGAGGCUCCUAUGGCCUGGAGGGCUCGCUUCUUUGAGUACCGAGCCUACAGACCUCUGAUCAAGGAGUACUUCAGAAAAGGUGCUAAGUGGACCACUGCUCCGAAACCCACUAUGGCUGAUGAUCUGUAUGAUCAGGACUACCCCAUCCGCACAGUGGAGGACAGACACAAGCUGGCUGCCGAGGGGAAGUUCGUGACUACAGAGCACGAGCCCUGCUUUGACGCUGCUGACUUCAUCCGAGCUGGGACAGACCUUUUCGUCCAGAGGAGUCAGGUUACAAAUUACAUGGGAAUUGAAUGGAUGCGCCGCCAUCUGGCUCCAGACUACAAGAUCCACAUCAUUUCAUUCAAGGAUCCUAACCCCAUGCACAUUGAUGCCACGUUCAACAUCAUCGGGCCGGGACUGGUGCUGUCAAACCCUGAUCGUCCAUGUCGCCAGAUUGACAUGUUCAGGAAGGCUGGCUGGACUGUUGUAAAACCUCCGACGCCUCUGAUUCCUGAUGACCACCCCCUGUGGAUGUCCUCCAAAUGGCUGUCCAUGAACGUCCUGAUGUUGGGUGAGAAGCGUGUUAUGGUUGAUGCCAAUGAAAGCACCAUCCAAAAAAUGUUUCAGAACCUUGGUAUCGAGACCAUAAAGGUGAACAUUCGCCAUGCCAACUCCCUGGGUGGUGGCUUUCACUGCUGGACAACCGACGUCCGCCGCCGUGGUACCCUGCAGUCCUACUUUCACUAGCCUUGCCAGAAACAGGCAGUUUUUAUUGAGCUUUAAAGAUUAAAGCCUCAGUCCGGAAUCUAAAUUCCACUUUAAUUAUUUAAUCUUCGUUGUCAGUCGACCGUGCAUGUACACACACUAAUCACAAAUCUACUGUUGAAAAAAAAAAAAAGUUUGAAAUUUGUGUGUUUGGGUGUCAUCUGCUGCUAUUCAAAGUCAAACCUGUGUGAAACAAA